AUGGGCAUCAAGCAACUUGGGAAGUUUCUCAAGACAAACUGCAGUUCGGCGAUGAAUUGCCACACUUACGCGGGCGACUACAAGGAUACUACUGUGGCGAUUGACAUCAGCCCAUGCUUGUACCAAUGUAUGACAGCUAUGGGCGACACGCCUCCCGGGGUGGAGCCUGGCAGCGAGCGCGAUACCAGCCACAUUGCGGGGGUCUUCCGACGGACCGUGAGGUUAUUGGAGGCAGGGAUCAAGCCCAUAUUCAUUUUCGACGGCGAUGCUCCCGACAUGAAGAAGAGCCAUGUGCUGCAGCAGCGUGAGAAGAUGCGAGCCAAGUCCAGGGACCAGCUGGAGGAGGCCCGGGCUGCAGGCGAUGAGCAUGCCGUGAGAAAGCAUGUGGCGAGGUUGGUGAAGACGACACAGCGUCACAAUGAUGAGGUCAUGGAGAUGCUGGGACUCAUGGGCGUCCCAGCAAUGCAGGCGCCUGGGGAGGCAGAGUGCCUUUGCGCCACGCUGGCCUCUGCGGGCAUGGCAAAAGCGGCCGCCACGGAGGACUUCGACGCUUUGGUCUUCGGGGCACCGCGUCUGCUGCGGAAUCUUCACCAGGCCUCCGCCUCCUCUCAGCUGCCACUCGUGCAGGACAUUUGUUUAGAGAAGAUUUUGGAGGGCUUGGCAUUCUCGAAGCAAGAGUUUGUGGAUUUUUGCAUUCUUGCUGGGUGCGACUACCUGCCGACCAUCGGCAAGGUUGGCAUUGUCACGGCCCAUCAGCUCAUGAAGAAGCACCGCAGCAUCGAGAGCAUCUUAGAGAAUCUGGACCGAGCCAAGUACACGGUGCCGGAGAGCUGGGACUUUGCCUCUGCCAGGCGAUGCUUCGAGCCAACAGAUUUGACAUCCUUGAAUCUGGACAAGCUAAAGGAGAGGCCUGUUGAUGUAAUCGCCUUGCAGGCUCUGCUGAAGGAUAGACACUCACUGCCUGCAGACGUCGUCAAUGAGAACAUGAGACGCCUCAUGGUAAUGAAGGCGUGUCUUCCCCAGCCGCGUGCCGCUCCAGCGCCUCCAGUGCCUGAUGCCAGCCGGGGCGGCCCUCCCCGAAGCGGGCCGAAGCCAGCUUGGCGCCGUUCAGCAAGGCCGCCUGCCACUCCUGCGCGAGGCAACGGCGAAAAUCCCUUACGCAAGGCUUUCAUGAAGGCCACCCGAGAGGCAGCCGAAGAGGCCUCUCCUGCGAAGAGGCGCCGGCUCUGCGCGACAGAGCUGCUGCGCCGGUCCUUUGGCGCGGAUCUGCUGCUGCCGGAGGACACGCCGCUGGCAGACCUCGAACGCCUGGCGGCAGAGGCUGCAAGGAGCAUGCAGGCGGACCAAGCCGCAAUGGAGGGCCAGACUGUGGGGGGAGUAGUCACUGCACGGGUUUUCCCGCCCAUGGCCAAGAUCCUGACCUCGGGGCAGCCUGAGGAAGAAUCAGAAGGCAUGCUGGCGUUGCCUCCCAGCGCCAUGUCCAGAAUGGACCUGGCGCUUUGGCACGGGCUAGGCAUUUGGCAGCGCGGGAAGGCAAGACACUUGAGGAGUCGUCCCGCAGCACGCGCUGUGGAAACAUUCCAGAAGUUCUGGGAGGGUUUUGAUGUGCAGCCGCCCUGGGAAGAGCGGGUGCUGGACGUGGCGGAGGUGCCAGACAAAGGUCGUGGCUGGGUUGCUCGGACAAAGGUGAGCGAGGGCCAGCUGCUGAUGUCUGUGCCCUGCAUCGCAGCAACCGAAGUCGACAUGGAGGAUGAAGAGGGCUGGGAGGCGGAGCUUGCGCUGACAUUGCUGCGGAGGCUGGAUGAGCUCGGUCCAAAGGCAGACCCGAGGCUGCGGGUGGACGCUGAGCAGCAGGCGCUUUGGUGCGGCUACACCGCAACUUUCCCUGACCCGGCGGGCGCGGCGUUUUGGCCAAAGGAUGUCCUGUGCAGCCUCCGUUGGCCGGCAACAGUUGAGCAGAUGCUGGCGUACUCGGAACACAUCGAGCAGUCAGCCAACUGGGUGUCUCAGACUGCGGAUGUUUCUUUUGAAAGAGCUUGCUGGGCGGUCAGCACAGUGAUCAGCCGAUCCUUCUGCGUGGAUGAUGUACGGGCUUUGAUACCGUUGGCGGACAUUUUCAAUCACAAGCCGCAAUCGUCUGUGUCAUGGGCAGCCAAAGAAGCUGCUCAUCUGACCGAGAGAGCUGUGUCCGCAAGGGCGUGGUCUCUUUCAGAGGACGGCGAGCGAUACGAGGUUCGGGCAACAGAAGAUGCUGAGGCUGGCCAGGAAGUUCUCAUUUGCUAUGGCGAGGAGUCCAGUGCCGAGAUUUUGGCGGUGCACGGGGUGAUCUUGGCAGAGAACGAGGCUGAUUUCCUGGAACUUUUCGAGUCCCCGCAGGAUCUCCUCGCCGCAGUGGAAACCUUGACCCAACGGUCGUCACUGCAAAGCCGCCUGGGCCUCUUGGAGGAGUCAGAGGCGCCCCUAGCCAUUCGGCCGGGCGGGUCCGAGUUCCUGUUGGGAGCCCUCCAGGCCGCGCUUUGCGGAGAGGAUGAGUUUCAAUGCUUUGCAUGGUGUGGGCCAGAGGCACCAGGAAUCCUCCGCCCCCUUGGCAUGCCGCAGGAACGUGAGCAAGCUUUGCGGAUGGAGGCCUUGCAGUUCCUCCAGGGCUUGCUGCAUCGAUUGCUGAGCGGCAUGCAGCAGGAGGCUGCCUGGGAGGAAGUGGAGGGCGCAGGUCAGGGUGGUCCAGAAAUGCUGGCCUCCAGGUACCGCCUUCACGUCAAGGGGAUGCUGUCAAGCGCAUUGAGCUUGGCACAAGCUGAGACAAUUGCAAGUCAAAACUAG